UGUCUAUGUUACUGUCAGUGUCAAUGUCAAUAUCUGCCUGCAUUUCUGCAACGAAAUGAACUAAAAAAUGAAUUAGGAAUAUGUUACAGUAAGAUAACCUUUAAGUUCGAUUUCGUUACUUAAUUUGGGUUUAUAUAUUUUAUUACUUAAGUAGAAGUGUUUUAGAAUGGGCGCCUUACCUAACUUUGCAGGGUUAACAAACAAAAACAUUUUCUUAGUGGAAUUUAGAGAACCAUAUGCUGAAAGAACUCUCCGUGAUGAAACUACAACCAACAUUCGCAGCCUCAUAUUCAGCCCUAAAGGCGGCUACCUCGCUUACCGCACGGAUAAAAGAGCUGAAAUAGUACAAUGUUCAGACUGGUCUGUAGCGGGUUCAAUAGAGGGAAAUAUCAAGGACAUGUUGUUUUCUCCACUGGACAACUAUUUUAUGGCUUGGGAAAUGUUUCUCAUGAAUAAGGAUAAUCCUCAAGGCAAGCCAAACUUGCAUGUUUAUAACAUCGCUGAGAAAGCUGUAGUUGCAUCUUUUACACAGAAACUUCAAAGUGGAUGGGAGCCAAAGUGGUCAGCAGAUGAAAAGAUAUUUGCCAUACAAGCUGGGAAUCGAGUACUGAUUUAUGAAGAUGGCAACUUCGAACGCUACACCCACACUAUUAAUGCCGAGAAGCUGAACUGCUUCAGUGUUGCCCCAAGCACAGCUCCAACUUAUUACUUUUCAAUUUUUACACUAGGCAAAUCGGGGCAACCUUCGGUUUGGAAAGUGCUGCAAUACCCGAAUUUUGAAUUGGAAAAGGCAGUGGUCAGUAGGACUUGUUUCCAGGCAGAUAAAGCUACUUUCUCCUGGAAUCGCCGCGGCACCAACAUUUUCACCCUAACACAAACUGAUGUGGACAAAACGGGUGGUUCGUACUACGGCAAACAGUCACUGUCAUAUGGUGACGUAAAGGGAAAUGCGGGGAACAUGGUUUUUAAUAAGGAGGGUCCGAUUCAUGCGAUAGCGUGGAACCCAGGCAACUGGAACGAGUGGCUGGCGGUGUACGGCCACGCGCCGGCCAAGGCUACCCUCUUCAAUGCCAAGUGUGACCCCCUCUUCGAGUUCGGGACGGGAGCCUGGAACACCAUCCAUUAUGCUCCUGACGGGAAUCAUGUUCUGCUGGGUGGGUUCGGUAACAUUGGCACGGGACACGUGGAGGUGUGGGAUCCGCGUGGUUACAAGCGGCUCGGCAAGUGCGCGGCGCCUGACACCACGAGUCUGCAGUGGGACCCGCGCGGGGAGACGUUCCUCACCGCCACCACCUACCCGAGGCUCACGCAAGGCAACGGGUAUAAGAUCUGGCAUUACACUGGAGUGCUGAUGCACCAGCGAACAUGUGUCGACAAGGAGAACCUGCUGUCCAUUGGUUGGCAGCCGGGCUCGUACCCGAAGAGCGAGUUGUCUCGCGCCGCGCCGCGCGGCCUCGCGCCCGUUGCGCCCGCGCCCGUCGCCGCCUACAGGCCACCCGGCGCCCGUAACAAACCUUCCACCUUCACACUGCACGAGCAUGAGAAGCCACAUCGCCCCGGGGAGGCCGUUAAUGCGGUCCCGUCGAAGCAAGCUCUAAAACAGAAGCAAAAACGCGAGGCUCGCAAAGUGCGUAACGCCGAAGAGAAGGCCUCCGGCGAAACGCCGCUGCCGGCCGAGCAAGGCGCGCCCGCGCGUCCCGCUUUCGUCUCUACCGGUGACCCGGAGAAGGACAAAAAGAUCAAAAAUAUUAAUAAGAAACUGAGUGACAUUGAGAAGCUGAAGCAGCAGAGAGCUGCGGGCAAGCCUCUCGAAAUCAACCAGAAAGCCAAGAUAGAGACCGAGGCAGCCUUGCUCAAGGAGUUGGGCCAACUUCGGUUAUGAUCGCAGCCCGACCCACACCCCCACGCAACCUGUUCCCGUUAGUGUUGACUACUUCUAUUCUCCGUAUGCUUCCAUAUUAUACUAAGUACAACUAAUAUCGUAAUGCCGUAGUGCUCGUGUGUUAAAAUUUAAGGACGUUAUUCAUUCUCUUGUUAGUCGUUCGUUUAACGGACGACGUCAAUGUCAACGGUUGCUAUUCAUAUCAGUUCGGUUGUUAGACAACCUUAUUUGACAACCCUAAACAAAUAUAUUGUUUACGUCUUGCGUCUAGUGCAUAUUUAUCUUUCAAUAUUCUUGCUAGCAGCCCGUCUGAUCAAAUCAGCUAUUUUGUAGAAAUAUCAAAUUGUAUCGCCAAUAUGAAUUAAUGAUGAGCUGACGAAAAUAUACCGCCUUUAUGAAUAAAAAAGCUUCGAAAGUGUAAAAAAUUAUAUGGUGGUAUUUUACGCGGGCCCAACUACACUCUCCUUUUUAGUUCUGUAGACAUACUUGAAUUCUUCUGUUUACUAUUUUGUCUCAGCUUGUCGAUUUAGCGUCUGCAUGAAAUAUAGGGUCAACUUAUUGUCCUUAAUUUCUCAUUUGCAUUUACUGUUUUCAUUAGCAUGUUAGUGUACAUACAAAAUAUUGAAAUAAAAAUAUAUGAUGAAUAUUAACAUUAAAAAGGAAGUUAUAAACAGGGCCCGUACUUUUCAUGCCGUUGACGCAAAAAUGACGUAAUUUAACAUACAGGGAAUUACUACAAAAGAUAACUUACUUAUUGAUGGGUAUCAUAAUAAAUACCUGUUACGUGAAUAAAAGCUUGUUACGCUGUUAAAAACCAAAAAUAUGUAUUAUUUCAUAAAUUAAUAAUCUAUUAUUUAUUUGUGUGACAAUAAAAUGAAAGUCAGUUAGACGUUUCUAUACUGAUUGUCAAGUAUAUGUAUCAGUUACCUAAAGAGGUUGACAAAUGAUGAAUUAUUACGAAAAUCCUAAUUGGAAUCAUACUCUAUGUAGCGUGACGUCAUUUUCUGUCAACGGCAUGAAAGUUACAGGCUCUGGUUAUAAAUAUAUAUGUAGUUACCUAGUUACUUGUACGUGAUGUAAUGAUAUUAAAAACUUAAAGUAGAACUGUUUAUUUCUCGAAAAUUUUAUGAAUAAUACAUAUACAGUAUGUAACAGAUCGAAAGGCAAAGAAAGAAACCCAUUAAUAUUUAGGUCAUACUGAGCAACUUUUACUAUGGGACAAACCCUGAAAUCGCGAAAAAAGAUUUGGCUGUUUUAUACAUUUUGCUGGUCUAAUAUUGAAAUUUACUUUCGGAUAGUCAAUUUUUUUUCGCGAUUUCGGGGUUGGACCUUCUUUUACGUCAAAAUGUUUUUUAUUCGCUUCGAUUUUUUUUUUACUUUUUUGUAAUCAGUGCAAAAUACCGAAUAUGCAUUUAAAUGAUGCCCACUAUUCCAUUACACCUUGCAUGCACAGUAAGCUACAGAUAUAACUGACCCCCCGCAUAGAAACUUGUUUGCAAGGGGAUCAGUUAUCUCUGCAGCUUACUGGACCUAGUGUAUUUUUUGUGUAAUACAAGAUAUACAUGAAUAUACGCGGACCCAUUGCUAUAAGCAAAUUUUGGUAUGAGAGCAGCCCUGAAAUUGCAAAUAUACGUAAAAUUCUGUUUCGUGAUAUAGUUCGAUUCGACACAUACAAGUCAUACAACACAAUUUAUGUAAACCAGGUUUUUUUUUUGUGAUUUUAGAGUUGCUGCUAGGUAUAGUAAAAGUUGAUCAUAGAAAUGACUACAAUCGCGUACAUAUAUCUUGAAUCCUCACUUAAACAAUGUCACCCUGUAUUGUUAAAUAGAGUAUUCAUUAUAAAACAAUCGAAACAGUACAGCAACAGUAAAGGUAUACACACAGUUGCAAAAGUACAUACCCACUUUAUUAAUGGAAUUCAGCUCACUGUAUAUACCUUGCACGUCCUGCAAUCAACAUUGUGGUAUGCUACGAAUCGCUCGCCGUUUACAAUAUACAGUAGCCGUUCAAUAGAACUAACAUAGUUGGGUACUCAGUUUUUACAAUACGGUAUUGCAAAUUUCAACGAAACUCGGGUGCACAUACACAUUGAAUAGCACCGGCCUACAAAGUUAACACAUGUGCGUAGCUACACAAAUGUAAUUUACUUUUUUCUGUGCUGUUCUAGUAUAUACAGGACCCAAAAAAGGAUAUCAAAGUAUGGGUAACAAAAGAUAGUGUAGUAUGAGUAAUUGAGGAGUAUCUAUUUAAAAAAAAUGUUUUAUGUUUUCCACUAUAAUUUGCAUCACUUAUUGAAGUGCAAUACGUGCCUUACGAUGUUAUUAAAAAAAUAUGUACUUAUAUAGGUAAUUAUGUUGAUUAAAAUUCUAUAAAAAACAUUUGGCGGCAUAGUAUCUGUCAUAAGACAGUUUAUUAGGUUGAAACAAAUUUACUGACAUAUACGGAAGUUGAGAGAGUGGUCACGGUUUUAGGAAUUAGGUACGAAGUAACCGGUUCUAAUUACUUUUUUGAAAACCGUUCUCAGUAAAACUAUGUACUCCCCUGCUGUGACAAGAUCGAUCAAGAAAAUUCUGCAAUUUCUACUUUACCUAUUGUUUCUUUUUAGUAUUGUAAGGAUAUUUUUGUUUGCUUUUAUCUUGUUUGUUAAAUAUGUUACAGAGGGGUGGAUCAACUUUUUUUUGUUAUUCUGUCUGUCUGUAUUUAUUUAUUUUAUUUUAUUCAUUGAAAAACAGACGGUCACACAAAAAAAAAACAAAAAUAUUUUCUGGUAAAUAUGAGACCUACAGUUUCCUUAAAUUGUAAUGUGCUAAAUAUAAUAUGAAUGAAUUGAAUAACACAUGAAUUUAAACUACUACGAGUAUUUUACUUAAAAAAUUAGAAAAGUUAUUUAAGCAAUGUAAAAUUUUAUGUAAUCUAAAAGUUUGAUACAGUGUCGAAUUAUAUUGCUAAUCAUUAGAACAUUUUACUACGUUCAUUAAAAAGUAAAAUGUAGUAAAAACGUACGUAGGUGUACGUGUACGUACGUUAAGUGUGCAUGUGUGUAAGUGUGUUUGUAUGGUUUGUGAGAUGAAAUAUUAUACUACGUUCUACUAAUAUGCUAUUGAGCCAUUUUGGAAAGGGCUUAUUACUCCCAUAAAAAAUGUUUGUGUGGUUAUUUUUAAUAGCUUAAAACCAUGGUUUUAACAGUGAUCUAGGCGUCCGUAACCAUUGGCAACGAGUGACAAGAAAAAGUUGAUUCACCCAGAUACUCAUGAGAACUGUAAAUACCUACUACAGUGUUUUUUCUUCAAAUCGAGCUUCGGUACCAUUCGUAUGCAAAUAAGUAUAGUAUAUAGUAAUCUCUGUUUGAAGUCAUUGCGCUCGAAACCAAGAUAAGUAAGUUAUUCGUGUUGUGGAAACGAUGAUGCAAUAUUUCACGUCACCCAUAAUCUGACGUAGUCGAAUAUCUUUCCGGCCUUUCUGCUUAUAUUUACUCAAAUUUAAGGGCAUUCUCAAAUAUUAUUACUUGGUCCUGGGAUUGUUCAACUACCUACUAUUAGCAAAGAUACAUUGAUUAAGAUGUGUAAACGAGAUGGCGGUACAGCUCCAUGCAUUUUGCUGUAACUCGAUUGUAAAAAGUUGACGUUUGACAAUUCAGUGAUCGCAAAACAUAUGGCGCAGUUCAGCGCCAUCUGUUUUGGAUUUUAAACUAAGAGGCACGUUUUCUUCUAAAGGUAAAGUCUAACGUCUGUUACAAUCAAUUCUCUUCGCUAUUAGUAAACCAGUAUAUUAUUGUGUGACCGUUUUUAUUAUUAUGCAAAAUAAUAGUACGAGUAGACACGAAUGGUUUCAAAGCUAGAUUGCAUACGACAUUGUACAGUCAAAGGCUUUAAUAAUGGAGCUAUUAAGGGUUUACUUUGCAUUGGACAUUUAAUAUUGUAAGUAUUGAACAAUAACAAGAACUCAAACCCUAGAUCUCAAUUAAAGUCCGUGACCCAGCCUCCGUCACUAUCGUAGCCCUGUACUUUAUUAAACUGUUGUGUAUUUAAUUACCAAUGUAGGUAACCAAGUUUUAAACGAGUUAUUUAAUAAAUGAUUUUACUUCUA